AUGUCGCUACUUCUGAACUUGGUGUUGUCGUCGGGGACGGGGCGGCUUUGCCUCACCCAACACCUCCGCCACGCUGCCCAGCUUCUCCUUGCCGUACGCCGCGCAUUUGUUGAUGACGAUACCGUGAAGCAUCCGGGUCUCUCCCCCGCUAGCCGCCGUCGACAUGAAUGCCGCUGGUUGGCUACGGGAUCCGUCCGCUGCACCUCGAGGACCGGGCACUGCGGUUUACUCUUUGACCAGGGUACGACUACGACCUUUUGCCUCCGCUCGUCGCCAACAUUUCACACGCUUUUCGCCGGGCUCUCGAUAUUGGCUGAGCAUCAACUCGACGUCGAUCUGGAUUCAUUAUUCGCUCACAGGUGGCCAGCCAUCUUGGUGGCCAAUCGGAUGGUAGAGGGAGCGAUGUCGGUGCUUAGGCUACCUGUUUUCCCCAACCCUCGACUCGACCCUCUGCUACGCUUCUAUCGCGCUACUUUUGCCGGCAUCCCACACAGCAAUAUCAUGCGCUUCCCAAUCCACUCCCUCCUUCCACCACAAGCUCGCGAAUUCUUGGCGCACAACGAGACGAAUCUGUUCUACCGUCUGCGGUCUGUGGACAUUCACGAACAUCAGAUGACCGUCCGGGCCAUUGUCGAUAACUUCUUCUGGACCGACGAGUCGGACCCAUUCGCCACCUCAAACACAAGCCAAUUCGAGAUGGAGUUGAAGGGGGAUGACCGGGUGACGAUAUGGCUUGAGGAUACCGUACUCAACGAGCUCAUCAACCAGGGGCUUUUGGUCGAAUGGAGUUUCGAGUGGAUGUCCGAGAAGAUCCCUGUGACAUCCCCAAUGAUCCCCGCCGAUUCCCGUGAUUUCCUUCAAACGCUGUGUACGGAGUGCUACUUCCUGUUGAACGUCUCGGCCAGUGGCAUUCCGCAGAUACAGGCCACCAACGAGUCGCUCGCUCCUCGUGGAAGUCGAACCGACCGUAUCAACCUGCGCGUCGUCAACCCGGAUCGUAACGUAACUUCCGUGUUUGUGUCCUUUGUGCUGAAGAUUCAGGCGCAACUACAGCCAACGCUGUUCAAUUUUUUGGAUUUGAUGAGAGGUAUGAUUCUGGACAUGCUGUGGCCCGAGCUGAAGCACGCCAUCGAGGAGGUGUCGUACGGAAAGGGACUACGUGUCUCACAACAUUGCGGAUGGGACCCGGCACGAUCUGAGAUUGAUAUCGCGGAGGGCGCCUUCUCCAUCACCACCAGGCUGGCGCUGAACGACCUCGACUUGGAGAGGUGCGAGCGCGAGAUGAAGAGCGCGAUCCCGAACACGAGCAAACUCUUCCAGAAGCUCAACCCGACGGCU